AUGUUCUCCUCUUCGUACAUAACAACAUCGCUUGGUAAGGCUCCAGAACUAAACUGCCGCCGAGAUUUCCCCAUCUGGUAUAUUACUCUGCACGUCGAAGCGAAAGGACGCGACAUCUGGCAAUUUGUUGACCCUGACGAUUUUACAUCGCCCUCUGGCCCGGGAGAGAUCGAGGAUGUUAUUUACAUUGACUCGUGGAUUGGCCAACAGAUUAAAAAACAGCACAAAAUUUACGAAGCGAAGCGAGCAGCGUAUGAUGAAAUACUCCAGGCGAGGGACUUUGAUUCCCUUGGCCAAGACGAUGACAACUUGCCACAGAAACCCGUGAAUCCUUUGACCCUGGCAAUAAAUACAAAUGGAAUCUUUCAGAAGUAUAUAGGAUACCUCUCUGGUGCAGCAAGACGUGACUUGAAGAGGACCAGACAAGAAGAAUCUUAUGAGGCUCUUCGGCGAUGGGUAGAGGAGACAGUCGCACAAGGCAGGAUGUAUAUGUAA